AUGUCUGGUUGGUUUGGUUCAUGGUUUGGAAAGGGAAAUGCCACAAAUAUGAAUCUCGAAGAGACUGAAGACAAAUUAGUUUUUGAUGAGGCAAGUCAAAGAUGGAUAAAACAAAGUGAAUUAAAUAAUAAAGGUUCUUCUACUCCAAGUCCUAUGCCACCUUCUUCUCCUUUACCUCCUCAAAGCUCUCCUCUUCCACCAACUGCAACUCCACCUGUUAGUACUAGUCAACCUCAUACUGCAUCUGGAAGAAGACCAAGAUAUAUUGAUCCAUUUACUCAAGAGGUUCAUCAAUCUGCACCACCAGUCGUUGAAAUCGCAACAACUCCAGUUGUUUAA